GGUGGGACAGACUUCUCGCGGACCCACCAUGUUUCUGGUUCUGGUCGUGACGCCGGAACUCAGGGAGUUCUUGGCCAGGGCAAGGGGUGGAGCUGUCCGCCUCAUCCAGGUGCAGAUCCAGAACGAGCAGUUGGUGCUUGGGGCAUUCAGAGAGGUGAAACAGAGCUGGGACCAGGACUAUGACCACUUCCUACUUCCUCUACUGGAUGACCACGAGCCAUGCUACGUCCUGUACCGCCUUGACUCCCAGAAUGCACAAGGAUAUGAGUGGAUCUUCAUCUCCUGGUCCCCUGACCAGUCUCCAGUGAGACAGAAAAUGCUGUAUGCUGCCACCCGUGCCACAGUGAAGAAAGAGUUUGGUGGCGGUCAUGUGAAGGACGAGAUGUUUGGCACGGUGGAGGAGGACAUCUGUCUGGAGGGGUACCGGCGCCAUGUGUCGUCUAGCUCCGGCCCUGCCCCGCUCACAGCUGCCGAACAGGAGCUGCAGAGAAUCAAAAUCAAUGAGGGCAGGGUGAAGCAGGUGAAAAUGGAGAUCAGCGUGGAGAGUAAACAGCAAAACCUACAAGGCCUUGCUUUCCCCCUGCAAGAGACAGCCAAACGGGCUCUGAAACAACUUGCACAGAAACACGUCAACUACAUACAGCUGAAAUUGGACACAGAGAAAGAGACAAUAGAACUGGUCCAUUCUGAACCAACAGAAACCAGUGGGCUGCCUUGCAGAGUCCCAACGGAUACACCCAGAUACCACUUCUUCCUGUAUAAACAUUACCAUGAAGGAGACUACUUGGAAUCUGUGGUGUUCAUCUACUCCAUGCCAGGGUACACCGUUAGCAUUAAAGAGCGGAUGCUGUACUCUAGUUGUAAGAUUCGACUGCUUGAUGAGGUGGAGAAAGAUUACCACCUGGAGGUUGCCAAGAAGAUUGAGAUCGACAAUGGGGAUGAGUUGACAGAGGAGUUCCUGUACAGUGAGGUCCAUCCUAAGCAGCACGCCUUCAAACAGGCCUUUGCCAAACCUCGUGGCCCCGCAGGAAAAAGAGGUAGCAAGCGUCUCAUCAAAGAUCCAGCGACUGGGGAGAGAAGGCCGGAGACCUAGAGAGGACAGAGCUUGGUCAUCUCCCUGCCACUAGCCAGCCCCCAGCCCUGAAUCCUCCCUCUAUCCCCACGCCCUCUAUUGCCAUGCCCUCUAUCGCUACGCCCUCUAUUGCCACGCCCUCUAUCGCCACGCCCUCUGGCAGCUAGUUUGGCAAUGAGGAAGUGACAGGAGGAGAACAUGCUCCUGGCAUUUUUAUUUUCACAUCCUUUGCUUGUGUUUUAACAGUUUGUCGUUAAUGUACGUGCCUUUCAUGAGCACCAUCUAUAAGAUAAACUUAAAUUAAUUUGUCUUUUCUCUUUUCAUGUCACUCUAAAACACAAACUCUAACACACUGACACAUGCAGGCACACAUUUACUGACAAACAUGAAAGGCCCAUGGGUCGUAUUAAAGAUACCUCUGCCAAGUUUCCCUAAAGUGUUGUCCAUACCAUGCUCGUCACCACUAAAUAUUUUGUUUCAAAUAUGUUUGUAAAAAAAAGCUAAUAUGAAUGAGAGGAAUUCUGAAUAAAAUAAAAUGUGUUAUAAUGUGUUGUAGAAAAAAUGUCUAAAAGACUGUUUGUUAUAGACGUGUUUGUUCAGUGGGUGAAGGUGUGGUAUAGUAACCCCAGAUGUAGAAUUAUAAAUAAUGAGGU